AUGCACGCCGGAGCCGAAACGCCAAGCGUGCGACGGCGCAGGUUGAGCGACGACAGCCGACGGGAUGUGGUGGGGAUGGAGGAGUCGAGCCGGAAGAGAAAGAGGCGGAUCCUCUCCUGUGACACGUGCCGGAGGCAGAAGUGUCGGUGUGAACUCGACGAGGAUUCCGAGGCGUGCGCGAGGUGUCGUUCGUUGAGCGGCGAUACCCAUUCAGUUUCUUCGCGCGAACCGCCGGCCAAACUUGAUGUGGAGGGAAGGUUCCGAAGCCUAGAAGCGUCUAUAGUAGACCUCAAGGCAACGGUGCAGGCGCUAGCAUCGGGCAGCCGGCCAGAAGUGAGACGGGCGUUGGCAACGGGGCGCCAAGAGAGACUCCAUCAACCGCAGCAGCAAUAUUCACCGGCCGACAAGAGUGUUGUCGACGAUCACGAUUCUGAAAAGGCCAGGGAAAACGAGGACGUCGAGCCAGGAGACCGACAUGUUUACUUAUCUCCAGCAGAAGUUGUCCGAAAAGUUGGAAGCCAACUGAGUGGAGGUUAUCGAAGGACAUUCGAUGUCCAAGCUGAUGUCGUUUCGUCAGGUAUUUUGGACGACAAGACGGCUCGUGAUUUGGUUGCAGAGUUCGUCAGUCGAAGGCGGAAUACCCUCCUAAUCAACAGCGAAGUCGACCUCGCCCCAAAGAACAGGGACCUCCGGCACGCCUCGCCCUUUUUACACGAUGCCUGCUGUCUGCACGCGAUGCGCUUUUCCGAGCACAGCUCGUCGGUACUACACCGCCGUGUGUUUGAGCACGUGCGCCUACAGAUGGGUCAGCUAAUGAUUGCGAGCCCGUUGCCUUUGGAAGAGUUGACAGGCAUCAUGAUUAUGGCUUUAUGGGCUUCAGCACCAUCGGGGCCGGAAUACAUCGACAGCUGGUUGGUGAGCGGACAUUGUGCGCAACAGGCUAUGUUGAGCAUCAACUUCUCGGAAGUCUUGUCGCGGACAAAAUUAAGGACAUCGACGGAUGAGGACCAGAGGGUCAUGCGACUUUGGGCCAACACGUGCUUGGUAAAUCUCCAUUGGGCCGCGACCACUAGUCGACCAGCAACCGUACCGGCUGCAUACCUUCUGCAGUGCAAGCUUCUACUCAACUUUGAGAAGCCGACAAUGCUCGAUGCCAUGGUCUACGCCGAGAUCAUGCUUUACAUGAUCCUACAAGACAAGUUUGCGCAACGAUCUUACUUAGGAAGCGACGGCACAUGUGAAGAGCUCUCGACGUGGAAGACGAGGUGGAAUUACCUAUUUGAUCUUCCGGCCGCAUCCACAUUGAGGAUAAGUUACUCAAUAGCGUGGCUCAUCCUCGCCCGGCGUUCACUCGAACACGAUCAAGCCACCUCGGAUCAAGACUCCUUGUCCAGCUCACCGAGACUUGCUCCGGCCGAUGCGCGAGCGGAUAGACGACAGAGAAACGCGGAUCCGCAAAGCCCUCCCGACAUGACGCAGUCGCGCGUGCGAGCCUUUGCGACAGACGUCGUCAGGGCCUUUGUCGACAUGCCCGGUUCCCGCGCAGAGGAGCUGCCCGAGUUCCACCGCCUGUGUGUCGCAUACGCGAUGCUCAUCAUCUCCAAGUAUGAGCAGAGAUCUUCCUUACUUGAAGGUGAUGGUGCGGGCGUGGGCGAGGGUGACGAUGCGGUGUUGGAACUCCUCCGCGCGGCACAGAGGCACAACGGCGUCCGAGGGAACAGCGCACCGUCUGCGAUUCAAUUCGGCCUAGAGAGGGCUUUGAAAAAAGUAGCGGAGAGGACGGAAGCCCGCGCUGGUAGCACAGCCGGAACUACUGCCGGGGGCGACGGCCAUGGGUUGCCGGAAGUGGGAGUGUCAUUUGUGAGGAGUGGAAGCCUUCGGGGUCCGUCGGCCGUGGCCGCAGCCGCGACGGCAACACCGACUUGGACACAUCAUCAUCAGGACAAUGCACCGGGACAAAAUAACCAUAAUCCAUCUUCUUUUACAGGAGCGACGCUGGUCCCGGAGUUUGACGGGUCGCUCUCCCUGGAGACAAUGGAUAUCUUCUUCAGCGGCGGCCACCUUGGGCUCGGCGACCACUCAUUCUUUUGA